GUUAGCGCAAGCACCAUGCCCCCCAGGAAGAGGACAAGGGCGGGCCUGGGGUUCCUGUGCUGCUUCGGUAGCAGCGAGCCCCCGGAGAUCAACCUAAAGGACAGCGUGCCCUUGCAGCUACUGGAAUUCAGUGCCCCCAUGCCGCCCGCUGAGGAGCUGCAUGCACGCUUCUCAGAGCUGGUGGACGAGUUGGACUUGACGGAUAAGAACAGGGAGGCCAUGUUUGCUUUGCCAGAUGAGAAGAAAUGGCAAAUCUACUGCAGUAAAAAGAAGGAACAAGAAGACCCAAACAAGCUGGCCACAAGCUGGCCUGACUACUACAUUGACCGAAUAAACUCCAUGGCUGCUAUGCAGACCCUGUUUGCCUUUGAUGAGGAGGAAAUGGAAAUGAGGAACAAGGUAGUGGAAGAUCUGAAGACGGCGCUUCGGACUCAGCCAAUGAGGUUUGUGACGCGCUUCAUCGAGCUGGACGGCCUCACCUGCCUGCUCAACUUCCUGCGCAGCAUGGACUACGAGACCUCGGAGAGCCGCGUGCACACUUCUGUCAUCGGGUGCAUCAAGGCUCUCAUGAACAAUUCACAGGGUCGAGCGCACGUGCUGGCUCACCCGCAGAGCAUCAACACCAUCUCGCAGAGCUUGCGGUCGGAGAACGUGAAAACCAAAGUGGCUGUCCUGGAGAUUCUCGGGGCGAUGUGCUUGGUACCCGACGGACACAAGAAAGUAUUGCAGGCCAUGGCGCACUACCAGAAAUACGCCGCCGAGAGGACUCGUUUUCAGACGCUGCUGAAUGAGCUGGACAGGAGCACGGGGCGCUACAGGGACGAGGUCAACUUGAAAACCGCUAUUAUGUCCUUCAUCAACGCUGUGCUCAACGCUGGAACUGGAGAGGAAAGCCUGGAGUUCCGCCUCCACCUGAGGUAUGAAUUCUUGAUGUUAGGCAUCCAACCAGUCAUCGACAAGCUUCGAGAGCACGAAAAUGCCACGUUGGAUCGGCAUCUGGACUUUUUUGAGAUGGUACGCAAUGAGGACGACUCUGAAUUGGCCAAAAGGUUUGACACGACCCACGUAGACACCAAAAGUGCCAGCGCUAUGUUUGAGCUGAUUAAAAAGAAGCUGGGCUAUUCUGAUGCCUACCCGCACCUCCUCUCCAUCCUUCAGCACUGCCUACAGAUGCCAUAUAAGCGCGGCGCCAACAGCAUGCAUCACUGGCAGCUUCUCGAUAGGAUCCUCCAGCAGAUUGUCCUGCAGGACGACCAAGGGGAGGACCCUGACCUUUCACCUCUGGAUAACUUCAAUGUUAAAAACAUCAUUCGCAUGCUGGUCAACGAGAACGAGGUGAGACAGUGGAGAGACCAGGCCGAGAAGUUCCGAAAAGAACAUGCCGAGCUGCUCGGCAAACUGGAGAGGAAGGAGCGAGAGUGCGAGACUAAGACCCAGGAAAAAGAGGACAUGAUGAAGACUCUGAACAAGAUGAAGGAUAAACUCCAGCGCGAGGGUGUUGAGCUGCGCUCAGCCAGGGAACAAGUCCUGGAUCUAUCAACACGCAUCAAUGACUGCAUCUCGGUGGGCAGUGUGUCUUUCCCACCACCACCUCCACCAGGAGCUCCCAUGGCUCCACCUCCAGCCCCCACGGCAGGUGCCUUCCCUCCACCACCUCCUCCGCUGCCCUUCAGCUGCCCACCUCCGCCCCCGCCGCCGCCACCACCUCCACCUGGCGCCCCACCUCCUCCGCCAGGAGCUCCUCCCAUUUUUGGAAUCCCGCCUCCCCCCAUUCCCUCUUCUUUCAAUUCGGCAAGCACGCUGCGCUCCAAGUCCAUCCCUCAGCCCUCGCAUCCGCUGAAAUCGUUUAACUGGGCUAAACUCGGAGAGCAUAUGAUCAAUGGCACCAUCUGGAAUGAUAUUGACGACCUGAAAGCUUUCAAGAUCCUUGACCUGAAGGACAUCGAGAAGAUGUUUUCUGCCUAUCAGAGACAGCAGGACCUGCUCACUAACCAAUCCUUCAAGCAGAAGGACACCGGCUCGAUGGACGACAUCCAUGUCAGCACGCGGAAAGUCAAAGAGCUGUCAGUCAUCGACGGCCGACGAGCCCAGAACUGUAUCAUCCUCCUUUCAAAAUUAAAAAUGAGCAAUGAAGAGAUCAAGAGGGCAAUCCUAGAGAUGGAUGAGCGAGAAGAGUUGGCCAAGGAUAUGCUGGAGCAGUUGCUGAAGUUUGUCCCGGAGAAAAGUGACAUUGACCUCCUGGAGGAGCACAAACAUGAGCUGGAGCGCAUGGCCCGAGCAGAUCGCUUCCUCUUUGAAAUGAGCAGAAUCGACCACUACCAGCAGAGACUGCAGGCUCUAUUCUUUAAGAAGAAAUUUGCAGAGCGCCUCGCUGAAACCAAGCCAAAGGUGGAAGCCAUUCUGAACGCUUCCAAGGAGGUGAUCCGGAGCAAGAGGCUGACGCAGAUCCUGGAGGUUGUGCUCGCUUUCGGCAACUUCAUGAAUAAAGGCCAGCGAGGAAAUGCUUUUGGCUUCAAGGUCUCCAGCCUCAAUAAGAUUGCAGACACUAAGUCCAGCAUAGACAGGAACAUCACCAUGUUGCACUACCUGAUCAUGAUCUUUGAAAAAAACUACCCUGACACGCUCCACAUCCAUCUGGACCUCAACACCAUACCAGAAGCUGCCAAAGUCAAUUUGGCAGAGUUGGAAAAAGAGGUGCACAGUAUCAAAAAUGGACUGAAGGCUCUUGAAGCGGAGCUGCUCUACCAGCAGAGCAGGACGAGGGAACGCGGAGAUAAGUUUGUGCCCGUGAUUGGUGACUUCAUCACCGUGGCUGGCUUCAGCUUCUCUGAACUGGAGGAUCAGUUGAACGAGGCCAAGGACAAGUUCACCAAAUCUCUGAAGCACUUUGGGGAGGACGAAGGGAGGAUGCAACCAGACGAGUUCUUUGGCAUUUUCGACACCUUCUUGCAGUCGUUCGGCGAGGCCCGCCAGGACUUGGAAAACAUGCAGAGACGCAAGGACGAGGAGGAGAGGCGGGCGCGCAUGGAGGCCAUGCUCAAGGAGCAGCGGGAACGAGAGCGGCGGUCCAAGAAGAGCGGAGCUUCAGACGAGGUCGGAGGGGAAUUUGACGACCUGGUGUCGGCCCUGCGUUCGGGCGAGGUUUUUGACAAGGACCUGAACAAAUUCAAGCGCAACCGCAAGCGCUCCGUCAACCAGCUGACGGAGGGCGGAGGCAGCGGCGGCGCCGGGCGAGAACGAGCCAUCACAAAAGUCACCUACUAGAAGGUCAGGAACAUCAAAAACAGGAGCCCAACGCUCCGCCCCGAUGUGGAUCUCUCGUGGUCCGGCUGUGUCUGUACGUGUGCCCGAACCUGCACCCCCUCCGGAUGUUCCGUGAUCUCCCGAUCUGGGCGCAAGGCGGGUGGGACACUCGGUGCAGCCCACUGUGAUACACCUUCACCUGACUUUGACCACUGUGCUUAAACUCCUCGCCAUCUGUCACUUCCUGUUUCUCACCGCUUCAUCCCCCCGUCUGGGAUCACACGCGCAAGACAACAGAGUGGGAAUGAAUUAAAGGCCACAUCUGGAAAGCAUCGAGUCGGGAAAAGCUUCAAAAAUGCCAGCGAGGAAUGAUGCAGCUGCUGGUCACAUGACCUCUUUGUUCUCGUCGCCGCGUCCAUGUGUCAGCGUCCACUACAUUGUUCUGGCAGCAACCGGUGCCAAAGCAGAAGAAACAUGUCACUAAACAUUCAGAGAUUUGGUUUAUAUUGACUUCAAAAGACUUAAAUAUGUCCGAGGGUUCUACUCUCAAAUCGAAUCCAUUUCUUUUGGUUAGUUUUGUUUGCACUGCAGCUCCUCUUGUGUUGCCACUUGUGUGUGUGUGUGUGUGUGUGUGUGUGUGUGUGUGUGUGUGUGUGUGUGUGUGUGUGUGUUCUCUGCCUGAAGGAAGGCCAUUUUGGAAUUUCAGACACUACACUGGCAUUUGUUUCCAUGCUCAGCCGCCACUCUGCCUGCUCCACAUUGGUAAUGGGCCUUAAAUAAGCUUCACAAUUCCAAAUAGUCUAAUGAUUAACAGCAAGAUUCUGCCUGACUGCCAUUCCAUGUGUACACUUGUUGCAAUGCCAUUGGCCUUCACAGAUUCCAAAGUUAGCUAUAAAUGGUGCACACGACAGAUAAUUGUAGACAAACGAGCUUUCCUUCCACAUUUUUGUAUGUCAACGAAGCAAUUUUAUAAGCGACCUGCCGCUGCACACGUUGAUUAAAACAAUUUUGCAAGGACUGAUAGAAAAUAAUUGAAUGUGUAAAAUCUUAGUAAAUGUGACAAAUGUGUGUGUGUGUGUGUGUGUGGAGGGCUCAGUGCAAACACGUUGUAGUUUGCUAUGUUACCACGAGAGGGCAGUAUAUCCAUUGGUCAUGAAUGGGGAGACUACAGGAAAGCUGACUAUAAUAGAAAAUAUGAUUGGUGCACAACGUGAGAUGCCCUCCUUUAUUUGGCACAAACUUCAUUGAUUAUUUUGAAACUGACAACCCCAAAAUACAUCUUUUCCAGCGGAUAAAAUAUUAAGUUUAAUGUGGUUAUCCACUUUUCCAGGGGAUAAGAUAUGUAGUUGACUAUUGAAUAUGAUUUGCACAAAGAAUUCUUUUAAAGCACCAAGGUGGUAAUAACCGUGUUAUUGUCAUACCAAGAGUGCACUAACCCGUACAGUGCUGCAAUACUGCUUUCCACACCUCCCCAUGCACUUCACUCAACAAGCACUUGAGAAUGCACCGCGUUUUCUGAAGUUUCUUGCCUUUAUCUUCUGUUGUCCUUCAUCCUGUGAGCUUCUUCUGACCACAUGUUCACCUUGAAGUGCCUCUGACCCUCGUUUGCGCACAAGUACCAUUCCUCUUUCCGUGUGGUGCUGCUAAUGGAUGUACAGUAUAUGAUGGUCAAAAGGUAAAAAAAAAAAAAAGCAGCUGAUACAGGACGGGCGUUCCCAAGCAGUAAAUAAAAAUAGAUCAAAUAUAUUUUUGGAAAAAAAAAAAAAAAAAAAGCAGCUUUGUAGCUGGAUCCCAGGACAGAAUGGAUUCACUUUAGUAUCCUAAAAUGAGUCUUAAAAGGGAGCUUUGGUCUCCCAGCCCUCCCUCCUGGUCAUUUAUUAAAUUUCUUUCCUAUUUGCGUUCAAACUGAAUGUGUGGUCCACCUGAAUAGGAAACAACUUGUGUUGUCCCUGAAAUGGGAACCACUUUAACCAGCGUCUUGUGUAUACAUAUUUGAGCUGGUCCUUCCCCUCCUGCUACUCUUUUAUCUUUGCAGUUAAUCCGUUAGUAUAUCAUCCGGAGCUUUAACCCCACGUUUUAGGGCAAAUUAUUUACUGCAACCUUGUCAGUAUUAUUACAUGUGUGUUUUUGUUUAUUACAGGCCAUUGACUGGCUGAUUUUGGAGUGGAGCAGUAGUAGCUUUUUUUUUUUCAAUGCACUUUUAUUACGGGACAUUUCCAUUUGCAAUGUUGUUUUGAGGGUGGAGACUAUUUUGAACUGCAAAGGGUGCUGCAAAAAAAGUGUCAAAAAAAUGUUAAAGGAGGAAAGAGGUUAAGUAAUUGGUACUCCGGCUGGGCCGCUGGAAAAAUGAGGGAUGAGAGAUGAGAUUGUGGAGGACGUGUCCGUGUCAUUUGUUCUGGCAUGUUAAAAAAAAAAAAAAAAAAAAAACGAGGGGGGUUGUUCAGUUUUCUGUCCAAACAUGCACUCGGCAUCAAACUGCAUGCCCAAAGAAGUGUGCACACAGUGUGAUGUAUUGAAUUUAACCUUUGAAUAGGAAGUUGCUUGCAUUAUUAAAAAAAAAAGGAAAAAAAAAAAA